AUUAUUAUUAUACACUCGGUAGUUUCGUCGUUUCGUCAUCGUUGCCGCCGUGUUAUUGUAAUUACGGCCGUUGCGACUGUUUUCUCUCGAUUUUUCCCGUUUUCUUAACAUUCCAAUCGCUUACGAAUUCGGGUGCGAAUACACCCGCAUCGUGACGGUCGUUCGUGUUUUCUCCGAGGGCGCGAGGGGUUGGGAGAUUUGCCCGUUUCGUUUUUUGGUAAAUAACGUGACGGUCCGUGGUGGCGGUAGGGUGAAUACGUGCCGUGCGCAGUGAACGCUCACGAAAAGAGCUCGUCGGCCAAGCAGUGUGGGCAACGCGCGCGCGCUCGUGUCUCGCCGCCACUUUGGGCUGCACCGUUGCGUUCCUUCGUCGACAACACCAUCGCGCUAAUGUACACUAUGCGCCGUCCGCGACUGGUUAUUUGCGGACGCAAGGUUUAAAUGUAAUAACAACAAUAAUAACAGUGGUUAAAUUCAAUCAAUUUAAAAAUACGCAAACUGAUAGGUAUAGAAUCCCGCGGAAAAAAAGGUUCCUAGUGAAAAACGAAGACGAUACGAGGAAGGAAGAAAAAAACGCGUACGAAGAGGGUCGUGCGCCAGUCGUCGUCGUCGUCGUCGUCGUCGGGGUGGCGUUGCACGCGCCGUAUUCAUUCCACUUGGAGAGAAUACAGCGAUAAUAAAAGCAAUAAUAAUAAUAAUAAUAGUAUUUAAAAAUCGGUGCAUAAAUUAUACCAUUCCGAGUUAUUCGUGUUAUCGUCUCCUUGGUGUGGCCGUUCUGCUACAGUAGCAGCCGUUGAAGCCGUUAUCGUUUGUGUCUGUUGGCUGCGAGAUGCAACCACCUCCCAGAAAGGGGAAUUAUGUCAAGUUUUUAAAAAAUCUUCACUCAGAACAAAUUGCAAAAUUACUUUUAAAAAAUCAAAAUGAAUGUGACUUAUUGGAAGAUAUAAGGAGUUUUCUAAUAAAAAAAUCUGCUAUAGAGAAAUCAUACUCCGAUGCAUUACUCAAAAUAUCUGUUGCUUUUUUGAAUAAAAAAAUCGCUAAUAUACCAGACAUUAAGACUGAAGGCAGUGAAGAAAAAUGGAAUAUGUGGAAUGUUUGGCGAACCGUGCUAGAAGAAAACGAAACUGCUGCAAAGGCACGUUUAGAAGCUAUCGAAGUAUUACAAAACCAAAUAAACGAUGAAGCAAAAGUUCUCCGGGCGCAUAAACUUCAGAUUGCAAAAAAAUGCACAGAUCAUUUAGCACUGGUACAAAAAGAGCUUCAAUCUUCCGUCCAAGAUGUAGAUAAAACGAAAAAGUUUUAUUUCGACGAAGAACAAAGUGCCCAUGAAGUGAGAGACAAGGCUAAAGACAUAGAAGAAAAAUUAAAGAAAAAAAAAGGUUCAUUCUUCCAAUCAAUCACGUCUUUACAAAAAAACAGUGUGAAGGUAUCUUCCAGAAGGGAGGUUUUGGAAGAGAAAUCUUCGGGAGCCAGGAAUGAUUAUUUAUUAAGUCUUGCAGCCGCUAACGCUCAUCAAACACGUUAUUUUUUGGUUGACCUUCAAAAUGUAAUGAAUACUAUGGAGCAUAAUGUUUAUGAGAAAGUACAAGAAUAUUUGGCGUUACUAAGUAAAAUUGAGCUUCUUACAUGUACUGUCGUUCAUAAUUCAUUUAAAAAAGUCAGACACCAAGCACAGCAAUUAAGUCGAGAAUAUAACAUGCAAUGUGUGUACCUUUUCUACCCUGUAUUAAAACAACAUGUUCAAUACCAGUUUGAACCUUGUGAUGGUGAUAGUAUAGAUCACAUAACAGCAGAUCACGGAGGAGUAGUAACUAUACUUAGUCAAGAAGCAAAAAGAUGGGCUACACGAAUAAUUAGAGAAACGAAUAAUAUCAAAGAAAAUACUAGAAAACUUCAAGUCUUCCAAGCUCUCAGGGAAUCUGGUCAAAAGAACGAUCCUAAUGAUCCAAAUGGUCCUGAUUUGGAAACAAAAAUAGAUUCUCUGAAAAAUAGCAUUCGAAGAUCAGAAAUAGCUAAAGCUAAAGCCGAAUCUCGUAUUGAGUGUUUGAAAAACGGAGAUGGGAAUGUAAAUGUGGAAGAAUGGCUAGCAGAUAUGGGUGAUAUAAAUACUGAACUUCAACGAUCAAAUAGUACAUCUUCUUUACCAGCUGAUGGAAUUACAACUAGUGCUAUGACAUCAGAUUAUGAUAGUGAAGAUUAUGGCGAUGGACCUUCUGAUAGUCCAGUACCUUCGGAUCAACCACAGUCAUUAUCUCAAGAUGAAGAAGAACGACCGGAUUCGGCUGAAAUGGAUAAAGAUUGGGCUCUUGUGGAAAAAGAACGACAACGAAUUGAACAGUUGACAGCAGGUUGGGAUGAUCCAACACAAGUUAAUUGGGAAGAUACGCGUGAUAAUGAAGAUAAAACGAUGUUUCCUCAAUCUACCCCUGAAGAACCCGAGGGUCCUGUCUACAAAUGUACUGCAUUGUAUACUUAUACUGCUCAACAUCCUGAUGAGUUAAGUAUUGUGGAAAACGAGCAGCUUGAAGUUUUUAGUGUAGACAGUGACAAUUACGGUUGGUCGAAAGCUAGAAAUUAUAAAGGCGAAGUAGGAUACGUACCAUCAAACUAUUUGGAUAUUGAACAAGAAACGUGUGAACCAGAAACACACGAUACUCCAACAACUUACCAACUUCGUUCCCAGAUUAGUUUUUCUUCGGUGGAUUAUAUGGUUAACGACGAGGCGUCCACUCAAUUACAACAAUGUCAAUCUGAUGAAGAUAUCGAAACUGAGGAACAAUCAUCGGAAAAAAGCAUAACUACAGUAUGGGAAAAGAAAGAUGGAGGUAUAAUUGAAAUCCCGUCAUAUUGUAUAGCCUUGUUCGAUUAUGACGGGAAUGAUCACGAAGAACUAGGUAUGAAAGAAGGUCAAAUCAUCAAAGUAUUAGAUAAAACUACACAUGUAGAUGAUGGAUGGUGGGUAGGUGAGUUGGGUAAUAAGAUAGGACACUUUCCAUCUUGCUUAGUUAAAGAAUGUUACGAAAAUGGUGAUCUGGUACCUACACCAACGUCUGAAAAUGGAGAUAGUGAUUUUUCCAAUGAAGAUCAUCCAGAGUUUGUUACAAGCGGACCACCACCACCGCCACCGAUGAUAACACCACCCGAAUUACCCACACAUUUAUUUCCAACACAAGUGAUUGUCACGCAACCUACUCCUAUUGGAGAGUAUGGUCCUCCUGGAAGUUUUGCUCCAGAAGUUCCAAAGAAAUCGAACGAAUUUUCAAUGGAAUUAACUCAAAAUCAACAAGAACAUUACGAUACGCAGUUUUCGGAAGAAGAUGAGUCUUUCAAUAGCAAUUCAAGAACCGUUCCUGGUGUGCCGCAAUUAUUUAUUGAAAAUGAGAAUGAUUGUUCUGGGCCUCCGGAUGCUCCUCCACCACCAGCACCUUCGACGGAUGGACUUGGAGUUGCUCAAAUCGUUAUCACUGCAGCUACACCAAUGAAGGAAGAAUCAGAAAAACCAUUUGGUCAAGAAUCCUCCAAAGAUGAAGCUGAAGUGGAACAACCAGUUUCAGAGGAUCUAUCUGAAUCGAAACAGGAAUCUAAAUUAGAAGAAGAGCAUCGUAUGAGUGUAGACAGUGAUUAUUAUCCGGCUACAAUACCAGAAGAGUCUGAAUACGAUCUGAAAAUGCUGGAAUCCGACGAGCCCACCGAUGCUGCAGGUUUGCCUUCAGAACUUGAACCUGGACAACUGGCCAAACUCCAUAAUCUUAAAGAGUCGAAUGCUUAAUGAUUUUUUUUCAUUUUAUUUUUAUAAGAUCAAAUGUAUAUUAAGGUCUUCUCUCAUGAGAUUAUUUUAGUAGUGAAAUGAUAACCAUAAAUACUGUUUUUUAAUACACAUAUCUUUAAGAAAUAUUUAUAGAAUCUGAAGCACGUCUGAAAACCAAUUCACUAAUUACUUCGUUUAAUUACUUAGUAAUAUUUUAAAUAGAAAAUGAAAUACUCAGAAUAAUUUAUUACUACAUGAAAUCAAGGGACAAUUAAAAUAUGGUUUCUUGUUACUCAUCAGUUAUUAUGAUGUAAAUGUAGGUACCUUUAUACUUGGAAGACAAAGACCUCUAAUAUAUAUUUUUAUUUAUUUAUUCCGUAAUUAAAAAUAUCGAUAUUUAUAAGUUAUUUCAAUAAUAUAUUGUCUACUAAUAUUUUUCUUUCCAAAAUGGUAAAAUAGACAAAUUUUAUACAGUCUAUACUCUAUACACUAUAUAUAAUAAAUAAUAACGUAGG